AAGCGCGCCAAGCUCGCAACAGUUAGCCACAGCUAGCCCGGCAUUAGGAGGAAGUGACCUUCAGAAUAAAAGCACAGCAAUGUGGGAAGGUGGUGAGAGGAGAGCGGUGGUGGUGACUGUGCACGUCGGGGCUUCAGUGAAAGAGGAUGCAUGGAGGUCUCAGACAGCUGGCAGGAACGUCCAUCCUCUUCGUGCGUGACGCGUCCGCUCUGCAGUCGGGUCCCUUCUGCCUGAGCCAGCUGCAUCAUGGGAGGCUCCACCUCCUCCCUUGUUGAGGAGGCCGAGGGCGACGCACCCCGGGGGGCUGCACUGCCUCCAUCCCCCAUCAUGGGAUGUCUGAGGAGCAGCCAGAGCACCUCCAUCCCCCGGCAGCUUCCCCGACCCGGCCGGCACAGAGAGCGCAGUUUCUCUUCUGGUUCGAUGCCCAUGCAGAGGAGCCAGUGGGCCUGUGGCUGUUGUACCUUUCUAAAUGCAGCCGGUGCCCCCCGCUGCUCCAUCUGUGAGGCCCCCCGGCGGAGAUCCGACACUCGCUGGAUGUGGCACGGGACCAGCAGGGAGGACGGUCGCUGGUCCUGCCCACGCUGCACGCUGGCCAACUCCCGCGACAGUCUUGCCUGCUCUCUGUGUGGCUACACCGGACCGAUGGACCGACCCCAGGGGUCAUCGGAAGACCAGCCCCGGCCCCAGCGCUCCAGCAGCUGCUCCGGCCCCCUGAGGCCGCCAUCGACAUCUCAAGAUAAAAAAAAGCCGGAAGACGCAGAUAAAAACAGCCUGACCUGGGAUUGUUUAAGGUGCACUCUGCAGAACACCCCAACCUCCAUGUCCUGCUCCGCUUGUGGCGGACCACGCAAACUGUCUCUGCCCCAAAUCCCUGCCGACUCCCUGCUCGUGCCUGAAGUGUGCGAUCAAACAGGAGUACAGCAACAACCAGAUCCCGCAGCGGGGGCGCUUUCCCUUUCCAUAUCCACACGAGGAGAGUGUUUACCGGUGGAAGCUUCAUAUCCACACACAAGCUCCUCGUCACUCGGUGCAGCGUCUUCGGCUCACAAUAAUCCUCUUCCCUGCAGUCGUAGAGAGGUGCCCCCUCCAGAUGUCUGCCUCAGCCAAACACACAACUUAAGUCCCUCUCCGUCAACGCUCGCCGUGUCACAUCUCUCCGCCCAACCUGAGCAACUGCCCGGCAGACGCCUCAGCAUCCUCAAGGAGGAAAUGUCCCCGCUGUCACCCGCACCAGACGCCUCGGGGUCGUUCCCAGCGUGCGUCGUGGUGGUUCCCGGGUCAGAGGAGUGGUCGUGUCCGGCGUGCACUCUCAUUAACAGGGUCAAAGCCAAACACUGCCUGGCCUGCCACACUCCUCAGCAACACGUGACACAGCUCAAACCUGCUCCGUCCCCGAAGAGGAAGGAGAGCAUGCUGGUGGAGGCGCUGCGGCAGAGCGACGAGGGAGAGGCCAAAGAGCUGUGGGAGAACAUCGUCAGCUUCUGCAGAGAGAACGCAGUGACGUUUGUGGACGACAGCUUCCCUCCCGGUCCGAAGUCCGUCGGCUUCCCGGCGGACGACAGCGUCCAACAUCGGAUCAGAAAGUGGCUUCGUCCUCAAGAAAUCAACUGCUGCAACUUGAGAGAGCGCGUCGUAAAGUGGUCCAUUUUCCGCACGCCUCGCCCUUCUGACAUCCUGCAGGGACUGCUGGGUAACUGCUGGUUCCUGAGUGCCUUGGCUGUUCUGGCCGAACGUCCCGAGCUGGUGGAGAAAGUGAUGGUGACCCGCCAGCUGUGCACAGAAGGAGCCUAUCAGGUGCGCCUGUGCAAAGACGGCUCGUGGACCACGGUGCUCGUGGACGACAUGCUGCCGUGUGACGAGAACGGUCACCUCCUCUUCUCUCAGGCGCAGCGGAAGCAGCUCUGGGUGGCUCUGAUUGAAAAAGCGCUCGCCAAGCUCCACGGUUCCUACUUCGCUUUGCAGGCGGGCCGCGCUAUCGAGGGCCUGUCCACGCUGACCGGGGCCCCCUGCGAGUCACUGGCCCUCCAGGUCAGCGCCACUAACCCGAAGGAAGAACCCAUCGACACAGACCUCAUCUGGGCCAAAAUGCUGAGCUCUAAAGAAGCAGGUUUCCUGAUGGGGGCAUCUUGUGGAGGUGGGAACAUGAAGGUGGAUGACUCGGAGUACGAGUCCCUGGGUUUACGUCCACGUCACGCCUACUCUGUCCUCGAUGUGAAAGAUGUCGACAGUCACAGGUUGCUGCAGCUGAGGAACCCGUGGGGCCGUUUCUCCUGGACUGGACCUUGGGCGGACGACUGGCCAAACUGGCCUCCGCACCUGAAGAGGGAGCUCUGCGCCCAGCGAGCUGAGGACGGCCUCUUCUGGAUGGACUUCUGGGAUUUCAUCAGGUACUUUGACUCAGUGGAUAUCUGUAAGAUUCAUUCAGACUGGCAGGAGGUUCGAGUACCGGGUGUCUUCCCCCGAGGAGCCAACAUCCCGGUGACGGUGGCGUCCAUCACGGUGCUGGAGAGAACGGCUGUGGAGCUGGCUUUAUUCCAGCAGGGCAGCAGGCGAUGGGACACAGCAGAGAGCCACCUGUUGGAUUUGUGUGUGUUGGUGUUUCGGGUCUCCUACGACAGCUCAGGUACCCUGUCGCUGGGUCGCCUGCUGGCUCACAGCCGGCGCUCGGUGAGGAGGUUCGUGGGCUGCGACAUCAUGCUGGAGCCGGGUGAAUAUGCCGUGCUCUGCUGCGCCUUUAACCACUGGCACACCGCUGUCGCAGAGGGGACAUCGAGCUGCAGCAGAUCAGAGGUGCCCGGUUACAUGCUGGCGGUCUACAGCUCCAGACUGGUGAUGGUGGAGCAGGUGACGGCCUCAAACACCACCAUCGCCGACGCCAUCAUCCAGCUGACGGAAACUAAAGGAGAGAGACACGAGGGUCGAGAGGGGAUGACGUGUUACUACCUGACCCACGGCUGGGCGGGGCUCAUCGUCAUGGUGGAAAACAGACACCCGAGGCAUCACCUCCACGUGUCGUGUGACUGCAGCGACAGCUUCAACGUGGUGUCGACGCGCAGCAGCCUCAAAGCCAUCGACAGCAUCCCCCCUCUGCACAGACAGGUACUCGUGGUUUUGUCUCAGCUGGAAGGAAACGCUGGAUUCUCCAUCACACACAGGCUGGCUCAUCGGAAGGCCGUCCAGGCCUCUCUGGGAAACUGGAGUCCCUCGAAGGCGACACACAGUCCCGCUCUGUGCCCGGAGACCGCCGGUCUGCAUCAGCCCCGACCCCUCUGACCGCAGACCGGGAGGAACCAGAUAACAGACCCGAUUCAUACACGAGACCUCAUCAUGGAGGCAGCUUCUCUAAAAGAACAGUCCAACACUUUAGGAAAUACCCGUCUGUCUCAUUUGACUGAAAUAUAUUUGCAAAGAGACGAUCAUAUUGAUUGAGCAGACUCUCUGGAGACAGAAAUAAUCUCACUGGUUGAGUCUGAUCACACAGUGGACUGACAGAGAGGUGUAUCAAUGUGCCAACUCCUUUCAGAGGGAUUAUAUUUAAUUCAUUAAAAAUUAUAUUUCCACUUUAUUUCAUCAACAUAGUUGGAAGCAAUUCAGGCAUCAGUUAGUUUAAGUAAUUAAAAUAGAUAUUUUGGAUAUUUGGCAACGUUUUCCUCUCAAGCAGCGAUUCUUAAACUUUUCUCAUUAAUGUUCCACCUUUAUAAAAUAUUUUUUUCACCACCUCCUGACCAGCGAAAAAUUUAGGGAUGGCUGGAUAUCACUUUUCCAUGUCCGAUACCGAUGCCAUAAUCUUCAGUAUCUGCCGAUAUCAAUCCAAUACUGUCUUUUUCCCUCUCAUAAACAACUACGCUGUUGAGUUUCAAACUGUGAUACAAAUACUCUACUGCCACGAAGGAGGAAGUGCAGAACCCAUAACGUGACUCAGUGACGAUGCUGCAGCUGCUAUUUAUUUAAGCUUUUAUUCAUGAGCACCAUUCAAACAUUCAAAUGGAAAUUUAAAGAAAUUACAUGAAUUGCAUUUGGCUGUUAUGCUUUUUUUCUCCCAAAUGGCAAUUUGAGAAUAUCAGUUUUGGCCACUAUCAAACAUCGUGAACAUGAUUGCGUUUGUUGCUUUCUUAUUCUUCUUCUGUGAGGCAGUUGACAAUUUGAAAACAGGAAUAUUAACUAUAAAAUGGGUUUUAUUGAACUUAUUGUAAUAUAAUUAUUAUAGGACUUAUUCAUUUUAGAAUAAUGUCACGUUCCCCCUGCAGUACUCCAAAAGAAACCCAGGCGGACACAUACUCCCGUUUGAGAAACAAGCACUGUACUGUAUAAUCAGCAAAUUGAACUCAACAAUACUGCAGGUGAACACCAGUUAUUAGCUUAUAUAUAUAAUAUAUUGAUCUGCAGUUAUCAAAGAGCAUGCCUCUGUUACAUUCCAUAAACAUCUUAUUUUUUAUUCAUCUGUGUCGUGUUCCACAUCACAGACCUGGAUGUUUUCUUUAGCUUCUCAUAUUUUAUGUAAGAAACACUAAACAUGUGCUGGCUCACAGAUCCGGUAAAAGAGACUUAAUCAAUAUAGAUACAUGAUAUUUAUUGAUGCUUAUAGUCUGUAAAACGUCCUGUAUCUCAGGUAAGUGAGAAAAUAUAUUUUUGUGACUUGUGUGAACUGACUGUAAGUCAAAAAGUGAGAUUAUUUAUUUCUGUCUCAGGAGCAGCUCUGCCUCCAACCGAUCCACAGACCUCCACAAACACAUUUAGAUGAGUGAACACAUGAUGCACUUUAUAUUUUACAAACACAUUUCAGAUCACAGGCUGGUCUUCAGGUCCAAACUGUCUUAAUUGCACUGUUGAUCAAUCGAUAGAAGUUUAGUUAGUUGUGUCUGAACCGGCUGCCAAGAAUAUUCACAGUGACAACACAAACAUGGUGUUUAUUCUCUUCAGUGUUAUUCAGUCGUACUGCAGUUUUAAUACUUAGUACAGUGCAACAUGUAGGAUGUUUAAAGGGUCAGUGUGUAUUUUGCAGCCAAUGGAUUUUUAUUCUGAAAUGAGAAAAACAAAAUCAGGAAACAAGCUGUUUUCUAAAUGUAGUUUUUCUCAUUUCAGAGUAAAAAUCUGAUGGCUGCAGAGUAGACACUGACCUUGAAUAAAGUCUAGUAGUGUUAGAGUGGAGGCUCGCUGUGUGGAAGCAUUAGCACUUUAUGAACUUUAAACUAUGCUGGACUCUGGUGUUUUAAAAUUGCACAGUGGAGAAAAAACAUUUUGUGCUUAUUAAUCGAAAACCACCAUCUUAUUGUUAGAGACAACAUAUAAACUAUGCAAAUGUUUGAAAGCUGUUAUGAUGCUUUGUGAAUUAAAACGUGAAGCUGUUU